AUGAGCUCAACGGCAAACGAGCAAGCGCUCUUGACGGCCGCGUCGACGGGCGACGUGGCCGAGAUCCGGCGACUCUUAAACGAGGGCGUCGAUAUCGAGUGCACCGACAAGGAGCAAUGGACGCCGUUGCACAAGGCGGCGCACGGCGGCCACGCAGACGCCGUCCGUCUCUUGCUCGAGAAGAUGGCAGAUGCAUCGACUUCGAUGCCGAACGGACAAACGCUGCUGGCGUCAGUCAUUCAGCACCAUCAGUUUGCUAUCGCAGACAUCCUGCACCCGAUCUCGUACCCCGAACCACACACGGCUACGGUGGAUGGCAUUGUCGUCGAGGCCGAACUCUCGCGGGGUUCGAUGACCUCUGUUCUCAGGGCCACGUACCAAGGGCAAUCAGUGGCUGUUAAAGGCCCCCGAAUUCCCAACCAGCGCGUCGCCUGUAUGCUUCGCGAAGAAGUGCACAUGAUGCAAAUGGUCUCGUCGCCGUACGUCGUGCCACUGCUCGCCGUCCUCGACAAUCGCUCGCGCGAGCCUGUCGUCCGUGACCUUAGACUCGAAUUGUACAGCCCCGCGAUGAUCAUGGAGUACAUGGACCAAGGUGACUUGCACGCCUACCUCGAGGCAAAGCGACAUGGACAGCCCGUCGCGCUGGACGUGUCGACGCUUGAUGUCGCACUUGUGGUCGCACAUGCGCUUGCCGACCUCCAUCGGCAAAACAUCGUCCACCGCGACGUCAACAGCCUCAACAUCUUGCUCUCGACAACUCACUACAUUCGGCUCGGUGGCUUCGGAUCGGCGCGCCUCAUGGACGAUGACCUCAUGACGUCCAACGCCGGCACUUUGUUCCGGAUGGCCCCCGAAGUGAUCCGAGUUGGCCAUGGUGGACAAGGCCGAGCGUACACCACUGCCGCCGACAUUUACUCGCUUGGCGUCGUCUUGACGGAGCUCGACACGCUCGACGUGCCGUACGCAGACGUGGCCGACCGCUGGUCGAUUAUGGAAAAGGUCCGCACCGGGCAGCUGCGCCCGCACAUGAGCAACUCGUGCCCGAAAUGGCUUGCGGACCUCGCCGACCAGUGUCUUGCAUUCGACCCGAAGGAGCGCCCGACGGCCGAGGACAUCAUCAACGUCCUUUUGGCGCACCGCAACGACGACAAUCGCUUGCCAAUCGACCAAGGGAACGUCAUCGACGAGCUGCUCGCCGCCGUGCGCCACAAGAACGUGAUCCAGAUGCGGCAGCUUCUCGCAAGCGACUUUGAUCCUGACGUGCAAGACGAUGCUGGCCUACCGCUACUGCACCUUGCUGUCGACGCCAACACUCCAGAGCUACUUGCCGCCAUGCUGACAUCGGACAAGUUUUCCAUCAAUGGCACCGACCUCAGUCACAGCACGCCGCUGGACCACGCUGUCCGCAACCAGAACGUCGACGCCGCUCUCGCGCUUGUGCAGGCCAACGCUCAAGUCCAGAGUCUACCCCAGGAUGCGCUCUGCAUGUUUGUUCAGACGAUCGGCGCCCGUGCGUUCGGUAUGUCGUUGCUCCGCGCUGCGUCCGAUGGUGAUGCGAGCAGCGUCGACCGGCUCCUGCGUGCUGGUGCGCAACGUCCAGCACUCACCAGCACUGGCGAGAUGGCGGGAGCGUCACUGCCCAACACUGAUCCGGUUGUCACGAAGGCGCUCGUGUCGGCCGUGCUCCGAGGCCACGCCGCUGCCGCGCAAUGUCUUUUGGAUCUUGGCGCUGACGUGUCGACCAUCUUGCCCAACGGACAAACGCUGUUGGCCGCCGCCGUCCAGCGGGGCUACUACAAAGUGGCAGAAAUCGUCUGUCCUCGGAUGUACGCUGGCUGCACUGUGCUGGUCACUUCGGCCCGUCUCCGGGUCGGGACCGAGCUUCGGAGAACGACUACCACCCUCGUCGCUAAAGGCACGCUCCACGACAAGCCCGUCGUCAUCAAAGGGCCCACGCGAUAUCUACCUUGGUUGCAGAAUGCCAUGCGCCAGGAGGUGGCGGUCAUGCAAACACUCUCAUCGCCGUAUCUCCAGCCGCUGAUCGCUGUCCUCGACGAUGGCUCGCGCGAGCCUCACGUUGUCAAGUCGCAAAUUGUCGUCGACCAAGAACGCCGAUUGUGCAACCCGACCAUGAUCAUGGAGGACAUGGACUUGGGCGAUCUGCAAAAUUUCCUCGAGAACAAGCGAAACGAAAAGCGUUUGGCCAUGGACGUCUCGACGGUCGACGUCGCCUUGGUGCUGGCGCAUGCACUUGCCGAUCUUCACAAGCACGAGAUCAUCCACCGCGACGUCAAGAGCCAAAACAUCUUCCUCUCGACGACGCACUACAUUCGGCUCGGUGACGUCGGGUCGGCGCGCACGGUUGACGAAUCCAUGACGGCCGGCACAAGGACCAGUCGUACACCAUCGCCGCCGACAUUUACUCGUUCGGCGUCGUCCUGA